AUGGGUCUUUUGAGAAGAUUGUCUUAAAUAUUCAAAUCAGAAGUUCCUUAGACUAAUAAUGAUCAUUUGCAUGAGAAUUAACAGUACUCAAAGAAGAUUGUUUUGGAAAAUGGAGAGAGUGUAAAUGUGAGAGGAAACGAAAACCAAUUCAAUUUGGUAAAGACGAGUCGAUACACAUUAACUAACUGUUUAUAUGUGUUGAUAAUUAAAUUUUUUAAGCGAUUUCUGAAUUUGUACUUAUUUGUCAUCAACAUGAUCUAAUUAGACUACAACUAUCUAAUUUCACUUCUAUUAACAUUUACUAUACACAUAAUAAUUGAAUUGUACUUCGAUACUCAAAAGCGGAAACGUGAUGAAAUCGUCAACUCUCGUUAGGCAACCGUGUUUGCUGAUUUAAAAAAAAAUGUCUAAAGUGUUGCAUCCCAAAAUUUAAUUAAAUUGGGAGGAAGGAAAUCACUAAAUUAGAAUAUCGUUGAGCACGAAAACUUGGUUAAUAACAACAAUUACCAAAAGGAUAUUUGCAUGAGAAAAGUAAGCAUAGAUACUGUGACGUAUCGAUAGGACAAAUAAUCUAGAAUUCCUUUAUUUACUAUGAAGCGAUGGGAUUAACUGUAAGUAGGGGAUAUCAUAUAUUUAAAAAAUAAUGAAAUAUGUCCUGCCGAUGUCUUGAUUUUGGACAUGGGUCAAUCAGUUAGUAUGGCUAGCAAUACUGUGAUGAGUGGAAAUACAAAUGAAGUUAGAAAGAGAGCAUGUCCCUUAACUACAAUAUCGAAAGAACACAAAAUACAAUUGCUUGAUUAUCGCACUAUUUUGAAUGGGGUUAUUAGAUAUGAUUAGACUGACUCAGAUCAAUAUUAUAAGGGCAUGGUAAAAUUGAAGAAGGAUCCAAAACCUUUGGAAAUAAACAAAGAAAACAUCUUCUUCAGAGAACAAUUACUCUUAAAUGACUUGUACUUGUUUGGAGUAAUUCUCUCAGUUGGUCUUGAUUGCAGAUGCUAUAAGUCAUUUAAACAUGUAAGAAAAGUAUGGUUAUUUUUUGAAAAAAAGGCGAAUUUGUACUUCCUUAUAGCCAUACUGUCUUUAAUCCUGCUCAGUGUGAUUUAGUAUACUAUUGAAUAUUAUGGUGAACAUCAUAACAAUUUAGAAUUUUAAUUAAUGAACUAUUCUGGUUUAUUGCCUCUGUAUUUUUACUUUCUGAUUGACCUACUUUAUUUCACUCAAAUGUUGUACAAUAAUUACUUAUUUCUUAAGGAAAAAGGUAACUCAAAGCACCCACUCAAAGAAAUUAAUCCCUUAUUGGAUAAUGCACACAUAAAAUUAAACCAUUUGCAAGUGAAUUACUCUCCGAUUUCCAAUUUAUCAUUGAUAAACCAUGUCCUUAUUGAUAAAACUGGAACUUUGACGAUGCCCAAUUUUAAGAUCAAAUGGAUCUUCAUCUUUGAUUCCCUCUACAAAUUGAGAUACAAAGCAUUUGCAGAGAAGGAGUUUCAAAAUGCACUCAAGCAAACUAAAAUAAGACAGGAAUUGAAUCAACCAAUCGAUGAAAGAUUAGAACCUGAAUCUACUCCCAUGAUUAAAUGCAAUAAUAAUGAAGAGGUCAAUUUCAAAAUAGAAGAUUUAGAUGAUGAUCAUCCUCCAUAUGAUGAGUUGCAUCGUACUUAACCGCCCAGAUUCAGACCUGAAUCUUAACUCAGCAGUCAAUUCGAUCAAAGUGCUGAAGGAGCCUAAAUUUAAAAGUAAUCUUUAGCAAGAGGCAGCAGUCUCAUUGUCAACAGUCUCCAUGAAAGCAAAAGAUAAUUGACUUACUAAAGAGGUAGUUAAAAGUUCCAUGCUCCUAGAAUUCCAUCAAAUUUAGAAAUAGUCUCAGAAGUGGAGUUCUCUGGAAAUGAAAUCACUUUGAUUAGAAGAAUUCAAGAUGAUGAAUUCAAACCUCAUUAUUUUGAAGCCAUGUUCGCUUUAGUGGUAUGUUAGAACACAAGAUCACUUUAUUAAAAAAGUGAUGACUCGUUCUUCUAUGAAUAUAGUUCAGAGUUGGAUAAGUAGUAGUUAUAUUUGUGCAAGCAUUAUGGUUUUAAAUUCAUUUGUAGGAGCAAAUAGGAAAAUCAAAUGAGAUAUGUAAUUCAAGAUGGGGAAGAAAUCCAUUUGAUUGAUGUCAUGUCUUUACAUUCGUUUAAUUCCAGAAAAUUUAAAUUAUGCACCAAAUUAGGAUUAGAGAAUGAAGACUCACAAUACUUGUAAUACUUAAGAGAUGACAGCUUAGAUAUGAUAGGUUGUUUGUCUUUGGAAAAGGAUUAAGUGGCUAAAUUAGAUCUAAUGAUUAAGGACUUACAAGUCUAAGGUAGCAGACCAGUGUUGUUUUAUAGAAGUUUGAUGACUGAAAGCUAAAUGCAGACCUUCAAUAAAGAGGCCAAUAAAUUAUUAGACAUUCAAUCAAAUAAAAUUGAAUUCAUGCAUGAGUAUUAGUUUUUGAUGCAUGAAUUCGAAAAGAAUUGCGAUCUUGUGAGUGUGAUAGGAGUACAAGAAAAAGUCAAUAAGAAUGUGACUCCAACAUUAAAUUAUAUCAAAUAAUUAGGACUCCCAUGUUGGGUAGUUAGUGGAGACAAUUAUGAGAAAGUGUUACCUAUAGCCUAUAGGGUUUAAUUGUUAAAUCAAAAUGAUACGGUGGUUCAUAUCUAAGCAAAAACUUAGGAUGAAUUGUUCCUAUAAUUAAAACAAUUGUUAUAAAGUUUGAGUGGUUAAUUGAGAUCACAUUCAAAUAAGAAAGAAUUAAAACAUUCAGAUACUUUAAUUCAUAAAAAAGGCUCAUUUACUUGUAGUCCGAGAUGGAUUUCGAGUGGAUAGAAGAAUUUACAUAUAAAACCAUUUCAAAUUGUGAUAAGCGGAGAAUCUUUAGAGUAGAUCUUAAGAGAUGCUUAUUUAAAGAAACAUUUUUAAUUCCUAUUUCAAUUUACCUCUAAUUUCAUUGGUUAUCGGAUGACACCAUAAUAGAAGUCGAUUUUAAUUAAAUUACUAAAAGAUAGGAAGUUGAAUUAUAAAUUUAUAUUGUCCAUAGGAGAUAGUUUUAGUGAUAUCAAUUUAUUUAAUCAUUCGGAUUUCACAUUUUAAAUGCAAUCUGGAAGAUAGAUCUUUCCACAUGAUAAGAAUAAUUUUGAAGAUCUCUAACAUGGAAGAGUUUCAAUAAAAUAAUUGGAUUAAGAAUCAUAGUUCUGUUAGCACAAAUAAGAUCAUGGUUUUAUUGAACCAUUGUACAAUAGUGAUGUCUAUAUUAAGGAUUUUGAGUUGAUACACAAAAUGAUAGCAUUGGAUUCCAGAAAGGCAGCUUUGUACUUUGAGAGAAUUCUGAUCUUUGCAUUAUUCAGAAGUUUUGGAAUAAUCUAUUUGUUGUGUGUGACCUAAUUGAUUAGAGAUGAAAUUGUUGUGAUAACUAAGGAUUACUUAAAGUUUCACUCCAACAUCUUCUUUUUACUUUCAAGUUCCUUUAUUAUAAGCGAAAUCAGUGAGAAGGUUGAAAAUUUCAAUCACAAUGAAUUCAUGUAUUUCGUAUUCAAAAAUGAUUAAUUAGAGUUGAACCAUAAUAAGUUUGGUAAAUACAUAGCACGAAUCACAUUCUUCCCACUUAUUCAAGCCUUGCUCAUCAAUCUAUACACUUAAUAUGCAGAUCUAUCAAAUCAAAAUGGAAUAGUUCUAACAUCAAGUGAAUUAGGAUCUGGCCUCUUUCUACUCUUAUUAACUGUAGAUGCUUCGAAAUUGGUGCAAAGAAACUACAUCACCUAAAAACAGUUUGUAUUUAAUAUAGGAUUAACCUUUGGAUUAUAUACACUGAUAUCUCUUCAAUUUGAUUCAAUCUCCAUCAUCUAUUAAUGGGCAGCAUCCGUUUAAAUUCUAUUUUCCUUCGUAUUCAUAGUAGCAAUCCAUUGCAUCUUUAAUUUGGUACUGUAUCACAUUAACAGGCCUUUCUUUAUGCCUCUGGCCAUUUAGACAAGUAAGGAAUAUGACGAGAUCUUGAAAAUCUAUAAUAAGAUCUCAGGUGAUUUGGCUAAACAAAUCAAGUUACAUAGAGCAACGAUAGAGAAAAUCUCUUACUUUGCAAGGAAGCUCUUUAAUGGUGAUGAAGACAUGGAUCCAAUCAUUAAGUAGAUGUUGAGCGGAGCAUUUGCUGAUGAGACUGAAAACUCCAUAAAUUCAAUCACUCUCAGAUUCAAAUCUCAAUUGUUAUAAAAUAAGUUCACUGAAGAUACUCUUCAAUAUGUUGUGCGUACUUAUAGAAUAAUAGUGGCAAUAACAUUUUUAUUCUAUGAAGUAGCCACAUAUAUUAUAAUCCUGUUAGCCUUUGAUAGUUUUACAUUAUCUUAUUGGACUGAUUACUAUUACAUUUGUAUGUUUGGAGUACUACUAUUGCUUAUGUUAUUUUGCUGGUCUCGCUAUUAUAAAUUGUAUUUCUUCGAAGUAAACUUCAUCAUCUUGUUUAUUCGAUGCUCCUCAAUAAUUAUAUGGUUAUUCAACCAGGAUUAAUCAGUAGGAGGAAUGAAUCUCAAUAUGUUAUAACUGAGUUUGGCAGUCAAUAUCUAUCAUUACCAAGAAUAACCACUCAUUAGUUAAGUGUUUUCGGCCAUUUACGUGGCGAUUUACUUAAUCAAAAAAUCAAAUGAGGAUGAUGUCUAUAUUCUGAUCAAUCAAUACGUGAUGAGCAUAGCAUCAUUAUUCCUAUUGGUCUUGACAUUCAGAAGGAUUAUUCACAUAUUCUUGGAGGUCUUCUUAGGCAGAAUCAAUAUGAAUAAGGAAAACCAAAUAAUGAGUGACAUCCUCUCUAUUCUCCUUCCUCAAUUUAUCAGAGAUCGCAUCAAUAAGGCUGGUCAAUAUGACAUUCAGGAAGAUCAAGGAAUGGUGGCAGUGUUGUUUUGCGACAUCAUUGAUUUCGAUCAAUUAAUAAAGAAUGAACAAUCCAAUGUAGUUGACAUCUUAGAUAAGUUAUUCAGAAGAUUUGAUUUACUUUGUUAACAACAUGAAGUUCAGAAAAUCGAGACUGUGGGCAAAACCUAUAUGGCUGCUGCUGGACUCAAAAUUCAUGUUAGUUAGAAGUCCAAUCCUGUCAAUAAGGUGAUUUCAUUGGCAUUGGAUAUGAAAAGGUAUGUGAUGUCUAAUGAGACCUUUUAAAUUAAAAUUGGUAUUCAUUAUGGGAAUGUCAUUGCUGGAGUCAUUGGACAUCAUAAGCCCUAAUUCAGUUUGAUUGGUGACACUAUCAAUACAGCAAGUAGAAUAUGUUCGACGGCUGAAUCUUGGGAUGUUGCCAUUUCUGAAUAGGCAUAUCGAUAGACUAACAAAUAUGAAUUAGUGUAUGUCUAGAGAGACGUAGUUGCUAAGGGGAAGGGGAAAUUGAUUACUUAUGUUGUUAACACCAAGAGGGGAGGGAAGUAAAGAAAGUAGACAAUCAUGAUUCAAAGACCUCCAAAACAACCCUUUAGAGAUCCAAAAGACUAUUAAAACUUGGAUUAAGUCCAUGAGAAUUAACUAUCAGAAAUUGGCAUUGGUUCAAAUAGGGAAGUAUAACCUCUUGUGAAUAGAAAUGAAGAUCCUUAACCAGUGACUCUGAAUAAAAAGCAGAAAAGUGAAAUUUACAGUUUCGUAACAAAAACACAAAAGUAAAUUUCCAUUGAGAGUCCAAACAAAUCGCUUCAAUAAUAAAUGCUCUUCUACAUAGUCUCAAGCAUUAAUUAAAUCAAGGAGGGGGGUCUUCAAAAAAUUAUGCUUCUCAAUCCAUUAUGGGAGGGAUAUAAUCCUAAGGAUCUAAUUCAAUUGUUGGAGAGGAAGACUCGAUGUGAAUUAAAUGUUUCUGAUUAUCAAUUAAAUAUGGAAUACCAUGUGGAAAAGGAUAAGAUCAGGGCUCUUUAUAGUGUCGAUGAGGAUGCUUAAGGUCAAAACUUAUUAUUGACUCUUAAUCCAAAGAAGUUGUAUUUGGAAUUCAAUGAAGAUGCCACUGUCACAUUAGAGUUUUACGAAUUUCUAUCAUCGUUGUAUAGACCAUUUGCAGUUCAAUAUUUAUUGACUAUAGGCUCUUGUGUUCUUAUAAGUUCAAUGUCUUGCGUGAGUUUGAAUGGAUAGAUAUACUUGGCGAAUUUGAUAACUGGAGUCAUGGUGGGUCUAUUGCAUUUGCUGUAGUGCACUCUGAUCCACAGAUACGAAUCAUUCUAUAAUGUCAUAUACUUCUUGAUAUUAGCGUAUUUGUUACUUGGAAGUUACGCCUUGGAUUGCUUCUUAAUCACAGAUCAUUACGAGAUUUAGAUGGCCAAAGGGAUCAUUUAUUGUUUAAGUGUUCUUCUUAACAGAGUUCUUAGACAUUAAAAUAAGUUGGUUUAUCUGGUUCUGUUUUUGGGAGUGACAAUUGCUGCCAUCAUAGUGAAUGAUUGGCCAUGGAGUAGAUUCUAUUAUUGUGCUGUGAUUUCGAUAUUCGCCUUUUGCAUUUAAUUGUUCAUGUUUUUGAAGAAUGUCAAUUCCUAUAAUGUCAACAAAUAAUUAAUUGAAAAAUCAAUCAAGUACCAGUAUUUAUUGAAUUAUUUAUUGCCUAAAAAUGUCCUUGAGGAGUUUUUCAGGCCAAACGAGGAGAAACGUGUACUAAGAGAAUAGGCUGAUGAAGUAACUUUGCUCUUUGCUGAUAUUGCAGGUUUUACUGAGUAUUCGAGCAAAGUACAACCUGAAUAAGUAGUUAAUAUGUUGAGAAACCUCUUUACUGAAUUUGAUAAAAAUAGUCUUCUGCAUAACGUCUUCAAACUCUACACCAUUGGAGAUUGCUACGUUGUCAUGGGAAUGGUCGAUUAUGGCAAGGGAAUCCAAAGGAAUCCCUCAUAAGAAGCAGUCAAUGUCGUAAGAAUGGGAUUCGCAAUGAUCGAUGCGAUCAGAAGAGUGAGAGCCCACAUCAAUCAUCCCACGUUGGACAUGAGAAUCGGAGUCCAUACUGGAUCCAUCAUUGGGGGUGUUCUUGGCACUGAGUUGGUUAGGUAUGAUAUUUAUGGGCCUGAUGUUUUGAUUGCGAAUAAAAUGGAGUCCAAGGGAGCCAAAGGGUUUGUGCAGGUGUCUCAAGAAACUAAGGACAUUAUUGAGAGGGAAUUCCCUGAUCUGUUUAGAUUCGAAUAUAAGCAAUCUAUUGAGUUUGAAUCUAUCGAGAGAAAGACAUCAGGCUACUUUGUUUAUUAAUGA